UUUAUUAUAUCUCAAUAAUGAAUAACUGUAGGGCUCUGUUCAGUUUUGUCUCAGAUGUGGUGAGCCUGUACUAUCACUCAGACCAAGAUGUUCAGAAGGACCCAGAGCUACAAGCAUGGACCAAAGAUAUAUCACAGGAAGGUUUCGCUGAGCUUCCCGACUUUGGUAUGCCAAAUAAGCUCAGCACCAAAGAGGAACUCUCCACUCUGUUGACUGUGGCCAUCUUCACCAGCACAGCUCAGCAUGCUGCAACUAACAAUGGACAGUUUGAUUGGUGUGCCUGGGUACCCAAUACCCCAUGCACCAUGAGACUACCGCCGCCAUCAAACAAAGAUGCUGUGACUAUGGAAAUGAUCAUGGCCACGCUUCCUGAUGUGGGUCAAUCUUGUGUGCAGAUGGCUAUCACAUGGCACCUGGGACGAGCACAACCAGAUGCAAUUCCUUUGGGUGAAUAUACAGAAGGGCACUUCACUGAGUUACCGGCCCUGAAGCUGAUUGAAAAGUUCAGAAUGAAGCUAAAGGAGAUUGAGAACCAAAUCCUGGAUCAGAAUGCAGGACUGGACCUUCAGUACCUUUUUCUUCUGCCCAGCCGCAUAGAAAACAGCAUCACCAUAUAGCAUCACCAUAUAGAAACGUUUAUAUAAUCAUACUGUUUUCCUUUAUCGAUCUUGAACAGUGCUUGUAGUGAAAACCUGGUUAGGUUAUGCAACUGUUUCUUAUAGUCUUUGAAGAAAAAACUUUUUUUUUUUUACUAUUUAUCAAAACAGGUAAAAUAUAUAUUUCGUAUAAGUAUAAGUUUGUAAGCAACAUGGACCCCACACAAGGUGUGGUGACAGUUUUCAGUAAAAAACUGAAAUAAGUUUUUGUUCAGCUGACUGUGCUUUAAGUUCAUUUCAAUAAUAUUAUUAGGUUAGUGAUUUCACAGCAUGCUAUAUUUGUCGAUUGUCUAUUUGUCUAUUCUUACAAAAACACCAUAUGUCUUUGUAAGAAUACAAAAUUCUGUACCCAGAAGCUAUGAUAUGAUUAAUUCAUAACUGAGCAAUGACUAGAUGAAUGAUUUAAUUAGCAAUUGGCUGGUAUAUCCAAAAGCAACAGAGGUUGCAUCAUAAGUCAAUUAGUUACAGGUACUCAUCCCAGGAUCUGACCAUCUGGAUUAGAUUUGAUUUAAUUUAUUUUUGUAUAUAAAUCCUCACAGAAUAAAAUAAAGGACUACUUUGCAUUGUUUCUUUGCUUAAGCAACUAAAGAAUCUUAUGCUAUCAUUACAUUUUUACUUUUCUCACACAUAGAAAGUACCUCUGGAUCAGUGCUUCAUGCUCUUUAGUGUGUAUUUUCUGUCUUGUCAAACCCCCGGUCAGUCCUGGCGGAUGGCGGUUCACGCCGAGAAUGGUUCUGCUGGUGGUUUCUUCCUACUAAAGUGGAGUAUUCCUUUCCACUGUCACUACAUGCACGCUUGGUAAGAGGAAUUGCUGCAAAGUCAAUGACACAAUAUAACUGAAUGCCCACCUUCACAACAAGCUCAUCCAGGAGGAGAGAAUGCUGCAAGUCAGUAACUUGAUGCAAUGUGCUCAGAUUCCUUCAGUAGAAAACGUUUUAACUAGUCUGUCUGUAUGAUUCAAUUGAAUUGACUUUCUAAAGUGCCUUGAGAUGACAUGUGUUGUAAAUUGGCGCUAU